GUACUAGGCACCUCUGUUGCUUUAAUUUCGUUGUAUAAAUAAUUUCUGACCCGAAAAUGGCGAAGUCAUGCAAAGACAUUGUCAAAGAAGGACCGACACCGGCUGGAGUAUCUGGACCACCGCCGUCCAAGCGAUUCAGAGAUACGGAGUACCAUUCACUUUGGGCAAUUGUUAAUCCUUGUAGUGGUCGAUAUGAAGGUGGGGAGAGAGGACUGGCUGUACAAUUGAUGGUUGAUGUCGACAAAACCAGAAAAUAUUAUGAAGAACUCAAUAUCAUCAGUGGAACUGUGUCAACAAAAAAUGCAAAAGAUGCUCCUUGGUCAGUUGAUGCUUCUGCUGUGUACUUCACCAUCAUACCAAGAACUUUGAAUGUUUCUGGCGGAACUUCAAAUAAUCGCGAUGCCACUGCAAGUAUAAAAGCAACUUUCAGUGAUGGAACUAAGGCUGGAGGAUCAUUGGCAGUCAAAUUGACAAAAGCCAAGAACUGGUCAGCAAAGAUUGAUUUGGAAAUUGAUGGACAAUCGAAGUUAUCUUUGAAUGGAAUUGAGAGACAGAGCCUUUUUUUCAAAGACAUCAAAAUCGACAUUGACUACACAGAUAAGAUGGUUUGGCCAAUUGUUGAACUCUUUAACCUUGGUGCUCCACCUGCUGGAAUGUCUGACAGGAAAAUUGAUGCUUUCUCUGCGUUUGAAGAUGCUGGGUUGAAACUGCAUUACAAUGAAGCUGAUAGUGAAAAGGUUGAAGAUCCAACUCCAAACAAUCCUUGGUCGAAAUCGGAUUUGUUUGAUGUGAUGAUGCAUUAUUUUGAAGAAACUGAACAAUCUGAUGACAACAUCUGGUGCAUGAUGGGAACUACUCCACCUGAUAAGCGUUAUAUGGGAUUCUCUUUUGAUAAGGACGGUAGACAUGGAUUUGGACUUUUCACAGGACACUCUAGUUUUUCUGAUCUUGACUCUGACAACAUUGUACUAAAAAACGAAGCUCAACGUCGUCUGUUGCAUUAUCUUGUGCAUGAAUGUGGACAUUGCCUUGGACUGAAACAUCCUUUUGAAAUUGGUGCACCAAAUUCACUCUCUUGGAUGAACUAUGCUUGGAAAUAUGAUGUUUCUCAUCAACCUGGAAGCUUUUAUUCUGACUUCAGAUUUUCCUUCAGCGAUCAAGAAUUGAGAUUAUUGAGACAUAGCCCUGGGAAAGAGUUUCGAACUGCCUGUUCUCAAACCAUCCUCGCUGAUGUCAUGGGAUCAGGAUACAAAGUUAAAUCUGAGGCUCCUGAUGUCACUGUUGCUAAUGGCGAUGAUGACAUUAAUGAAGAAAGUGACGUUGUUGAUGAUCCAGGAGUGUUGGCCAGCAAACGACCUAAAAGAAAGAUUGUUUUGGACUUGAGAAUUAGAUCAGAACCAUUCGUAAAGGGUCAACUCCUCAGUUUUGAAGCACGGAUAAAGAAUGUUGGAAAACUCCCGGCAUUGAUUGAAGGAGAUUUAUCUCUAGAAUCUGGCAAUCUUCAGUUGUAUCUCACUUCUCCUACUGGUGUUGUACAGGUUAUUGACCCAUUUGUUCGUCCCAUUCAAUCCGGUUACACAAAACCAUUAGUGUUAUACACACCAGAAGAUGAGGAAGGUCAUGAUCGAUAUAAUGAGUUGGUAAUAGUUGGGGAAGGACCAGAUGGUUACCAGGCAACCACUCCCGGAAGAUAUGAACUCAGAGCUGUGUACAAUGGAGGAAGGUACAAGGUUACUUCUGCCACCUAUCCGCUGCACAUUGUUGAAAAUACGGAUGAAGAUGAUGAAACAAGUAACCAGAUCUUGUCAGCAGCUACUCUUCAAACUUCUAGCUGGGGUAGAUUCAAGAAAGCGCAUGAAUAUUGGAAGAAAGUCGUUUCCAAACCUGUCGAAUACAAGAAGAAACGGGUGACGGAGCUUCUAUGCGUAAUGGAAGGUCUAUGCAAAGAAAAUGCUCGCACUCUGUCAUCUGGUGGUAAGAAGACGAGAAGCGCUUCUAGGAAAACCACUCUUGCGUCUUCGAAGCCAGUGAUUGGCUCAAAACAACUUCUUAAAGAUACGGCUGAUCUUGUGAAGCAUUACCAUGAGGAGGGGAAAAAAUCUGAAAAUCUUGACUAUGGCAAAUUGGUGUUUGGACGAUGCAAACUCUUUCUACAUGACAAGAGAAUCCAGGAUGCAGAGGUGGAAUUCAACCAAAUGUUAACGGACCUUGUAACUCGCGGUGUGAAAUAUGACGUUGUGCGAAAGUUGGCGAAGGAUUGGAGUAAAAUGAAAAACCCAACCGACCCCGAGGAUAAAAAAGCAGCAGGAUAUCUUCAGAAGAAAGUAGAGACUGUGUUGACUUGGGCUCCAACUACUGAUGGAGAUGGAGAAUCUGAUCUUAGUGGGAUUGGUCUGGGAAUGCCAUUCAGUAAUUUUGAUGUCCCACAACUUCGAAUGGCGUCUACAAUUGUGGAAAUGCUUUUCAACAAAUACAGCGAGACUAAAAGUCUUCUUGCUACAAUCACUUACGCUGACAAACUACAGAAAGGAAGGGAAGUGAAUUAUAUGGUGUUAAGAUGGGCUCUGGAAGCUUUCAUUGUUCACUCUAUGGAUGCAAAGAGAGCUGGAAUCAAAUAUCCCGAACCUCGGGAUAAAGACAAAUCAGUACAGACAGAUGCAGCAAUGAUUGUAACAAGACGAGAUGGUCAACCAAACGAAGACUGGAUGAAUUACUGGAGAUGCGAUGCUGAUUUCAAUUACCAUCACAGGCAUUUCCACAUCGUAUACAUCGUGAGCCAGUUUCUGCGGCGUGAUGCACAAGGAAAGCUCGCUAUCAUGGGAAGCGCACCGAAACAUCUGCUGAGACAAGGAGAAUUGUUUGGAUACAUGCACACACAAUUACUUGGCAGAUAUGAUGCAGAAAGAGAAUCUUGGGGAUUGGAUCCCGUAGUGCCUUGGUCGUAUGAUGAAGUAGCUAUGACCUUCAAUGCAGGGCUGGAAUUUCACAAUGACAGACAAUUCCGAUGGUAUGCCCCACGUCCAAAUAGUCAAUGGCCUGAGAAUACAAGAAAAAAAUUCAGAUGGAUGGAAGGAGCUUAUAGACAAGCACUGAGUACUGGAGAAGUGGCGAGGGGAGUUGAAAUGACACCAAAUUGGUCUGGUCACAUCUUAGAACCAUCGUCAGGGAUUUAUCAAGACCAAUUCGGAAGUUUUCACAAUUCUGGACAUGGAGUGUUUGGAUCUACAGGUCUUAAUCCAAGAGCAACAAGCUAUAUGAAUGACACAGCGACCGCUGUACGUGAUCCAAUUUUCUACCGAUGGCACAAGAAGAUUGAUAAUCUUUGGCAUGAUAAUAAUGAAUUUUACAGAUCAGAACUUGGUCAUGAUGGACCACCUGUAACUAUAACGGCUGAUGACAUGAUUAUUACCAUUGAUGAGACGUUUCCUCAAGGAUUUGAUCAAAUGAAAGGAGGCAAAUGGGUGGCCAAUCCCUCACAGGAAAAGAGUUGCUUGAAAACCUUCCUUGGACCUCCGACUAAGAAAUAUGAAUGGGAUAACAAAUUAUCUCAUGAGAAGUUUUAUUAUCACUUGAGAUUGAGACGAAAUAAUGGACCAGGUAGCAGAGAUGGAGAUAUCAACCUGACAAUUCGGAUCUUCAUCUGCCCGAAGAAGAGGCAAACAGAAAGGAGAAGAUGGAUUGAAAUGGACAAAUUUGUGUGCAGUUUGGAAGCCGGCCAAGACUACAUGGCAUUCACCAGAGAAGAUGUUCAUUCAUCAGUUAUCAAGAGACUACCACAAAAUAUGAAAGAUGAUUUUGAACGUCCGUUUGUGGAAGAUGCUGGUGGCUUUUGUGAAUGUGGAUGGCCUUAUACUAUGCUCCUACCCAGAGGAAAGAAGACCGGUGAAGACUAUGUUCUGUGUGUGAUUGCAACUGACAAUGAUAUUGAUAGCAUUGGGGUUCGAACAACCUGCGGAAGUAUGAGUUACUGUGGCGCAAGAGGAGAAGAAUAUCCUGACAAAAGAAUUAUGGGGUAUCCUUUCAGUACUCCUAUCACUUAUAAAGGUGAAAAGCUUCCAAUUCCUGAAGUAUUUGACAGUGUCAGCAAUGCAGCCUACAAGACUUUCAUGAUUGAAAAUAACGUUAGCGAACCCCCUCCUGUUUCUGCUGGUGACAUAUGGUGGCCACAUCUUCAGCUCGGUAUUAACGAUGGAACACUGAGGAAAGAACCUCCAAAAGGAGUCUCUGAAUUUGUGCAAAGUGAUUUGGUUGGAACCUUCAGAGUCAUGAUCGACAAUGAUGUAUGCUGGCCAGCCAGUGGAAAUCUGUUGAUCCGUUUCCAUGGCCGCGGUGGUGGAGGUGGGGCGUACCUGAUCCGAGAUAUUACUCUGGCACUUCGAGAUGGCAAUACUUUGAAUGUGGUCCAAGGUCAGAGUGCAAAGGUCACGUAUAAAGGUCAAGAAGCAUUCUCAGUUCCACAAGAAGGACUCAUUUCGGAUCUGGUCAACCUCCAAUUCCAACCUGCUAGAGGCGACUACUUCAUCACAUUCACUCUAGAAAGUCCUGGUGUGUAUCUUCCAGCCAGUCAGAAUUCACAGACCUCCACCUAUUUCAUCGGAAACAAGUCUGGUACCGGAUAUGAAGAAAUACCUGAAGAUUGGUCCAUGCUUGGAGAAAGAAUCACUGGCAGAUUUGCGCAUAUUCAGUGUGUAUCUGCCAUAAUGACCAAGAUAUAGAGUGUUAUAAAAUCGGAUAAAUAUUUCAUAGUUUUUUUCAGUUUUCCAUGACCUUUCUGCGACAUUUGCCUGGAACAUUAAUCACUAUAUUAUAUAAAACUUGGUGGCAUUCUCUUACCAAUUCAGGUUAGAUAAGCGCACAUAGCAGAAAUAUGUAUUUUGUAAUAUUGUAGACCCCCCUCCUCCUAAAAUUCCAAACACCACCCUAAUUUUCAGGUGUGCCACCAUACUUUAUUUCUCACGUAAAUGAAAAUUGUAUUCGAAUAUUCAGAAAGUGGCCGGUGAAGAUGAUCAGUCGAAUACGUAACACAUUUUUAUAAGUUACAAAUAAUUUUAUCACUAUUAACAAAAUAUCUAACACACCCUACAUUUGGAAACGCCCAUACUGAUAUUGUGUGACAAAUUACAUCAAUUUACUAAGACUAUUUGUGCUAUAUAUUUUUUUUUACAUGGAUAUACCUGGUGGAAUAGUGCGAUGUCCCUGAGCCAAGUCCGGACCUUGUUCAUAUUGCAUUUGUGACCCUUCAUCUAUUGAAUAUAAAUUUUUGACAUGGAUUUUGUUGCCUAGUUAGAAGUAAUGAACGGACUCGAAAAUUAAUGCCUUUAUUGUUUCCUCUUUCCACAAUUAGGUGGUUAUUGACCCAAGGUUUCAUCUCAGAAACCUUAACUUAGCACUAAGCUUAUGGUCCUAAGCUGCGUUUUCUCCAUAAUUAGAUGGUUAGAGAUCCAGGGUUGUAAAGUCUGAGAAUAGUAGACUCUUGCUCUGAAUUAGUAAAAAAAUCAUUUUUACAAAACUGUUUACAAGUUCAAAAUUUGAUUCUUCACAUUAAUUUCAAUUUAUUUUGAAAUUUGAAACCAUUGUCCUGAAUUACAACUGUUUUUUCCUUUGUCUGAAUGACUUGCUAAAUCAUACAUCUUUCGUUCGCUUCUAACUAUUAUCUUAAGUUCGCUUCUCACUGUUCAUCAAAUUAUGUGGUUGAAAUUUGUAUGUUGACCGCAAGAUUAUCAUAUCCAAUUAUUUAAUUUUUUAUAUCCAAGAAAUAACCCAGCAACUGAAUAGUGAUCUAUUUGUGUACUAUGCAGAAUUUUGGAUAAUCACUUCGCUUAUCAUACAAUCAAGUCCGUCCCUUCCAAUGAAAUUCAAUAAAUCAAUUGUUACUGCAUUUUUUCAUAAUUUUAUAGAACACCUAAUGUGUCUGCUGCUUUCAUAAACUAAAUGUCCGAUUGCUAUUUUGAGUGGCGAAUCCCUGAAUAUCUCUUGCCAUUUCUGUAAUGCCAAUAAAAAUCAAUCAAUCAA